GGGGGCAGCAGUGCACUAACCGUGUCUACUCUGCUGCACAAAAAGCAGGAAGCAGACAGAGCCCCGUGUGCGGUUAGCUCGGAGCUAAAGCUAAAAACACUUUGUUAAAAUGUCCAAAGGCCAAACGCUGAGAGCUUUGGUGAAUGAGCGGCUGACUGCGGCUGCUGAAGAGAUCUUUGCGCUGUUUGAAAGAACGAUAGCGGAGUAUGAGGAGGAACUGUGUCGCUCCAAAGAGGAGAACCAGAGGAACCAGGACACUCCACAGACUCCACGGAUUAAAGAGGAGCCAGAGGAGCAGAGCGUCAAACAGGAGGAAGACACGCUCCCAGCACAGCUCCCAGUGGGCGUCCCAGAGUCCAAUGUUGUCUGUGUGAAGACAGAAGAGUCCUCACUGCUUCAACAUAGACAAACUGAGCACAGAGAGAAAACACAGGGAGAGGACAUCAGCACAGAGCCACAUUUACACUCAGAGACUGAGGAACACAUGGACCACUCCUCUGACACUGACAAUGAUGAGGACUGGAGAGCUCCAUUCAGCUGUUCAGCUACACAGAUGGAGACAGAGGCUGAUGGAGACAACUGCAACCAAGUCCAGAAAGGCCAAAUGCUGAGAGCUUUGGUGAAUGAGCGGCUGACUGUGGCUGCUGAAGAGAUCUUUGCGCUGUUUGAAAGAACGACAGUGGAGUAUGAGGAGGAACUAUGUGGCUCCAAAGAGGAGAACCAGAGGAACCAGGACACUCCACAGACUCCACGGAUUAAAGAGGAGCCAGAGGAGCAGAGCGUCAAACAGGAGGAAGACACGCUCCCAGCACAGCUCCCAGUGGGCAUCCCAGAGUCCAGUGCUGUCUGUGUGAAGACAGAAGAGUCCUCACUGCUUCAACAUAGACAAACUGAGCACAGAGAGGAAACACAGGGAGAGGACAUCAGCACAGAGCCACAUUUACACUCAGAGACUGAAGGAAACACGGAGCACUCCCCUGAAUAUGAUUAUGAUUGGAGAGCUCCAUUCAGCUGUUCAGCUACACAGAUGGAGACAGAGGCUGAUGGAGACCACUGCAACCAAGUUCAGAUCAGAGCCCGAGCCGGUGUGAACAAUGGAACUGACGAAGUAGCUGACAAGAAGAAAUAUGAAUGCCCUAUAUGUCAAAAGAAGUUUGGCACUAUGCCAAAUUUACAGAGACACAUUAGAGUUCACAGAGGAGAGAGACCAUUCAGCUGUUUAAUAUGUGAGAAAACAUUUACUCGAAAGUAUAAUCUAAAUAAACAUCUUAAGAUACACACUGGUGAACGACCUUACAGCUGUUCAACAUGUGAGAAAACAUUUACCCAAAAGAGUUCUCUAGAUGCACAUGUGAGAACUCACACAGGGGAAAGACCAUUCAGCUGUUCAACAUGUGAGAAGACAUUUUGUGAUAAGAGUACUCUUGUUCAGCAUCUGAGAACACACACAGGUGAGAGACCUUACAGCUGUUCAACCUGUAAUAAAGGGUUUAAACAAAGUGCUAAACUGAAAAGACACAUGAGAACUCACAGAACAGAAACUGACUGAAGGCUAAUUGGUUGUGUUCAUGAGAUAUUUUAAAGAGCCUAGAACUGUGUUUUGGAAUCUGCUGCUAACGACUCAAAAUGCAAAUGUUUGGACCUAUCAUCUGUGGUUAAAGCUCCUGGACCUGAUUUUGAACCAUAACAGAAACAACCCUCUGAGCCACAGCAGCUGCUUCUACACUUACAACACGCUGCAUGGUGUGAAGGCCCUUUUCCUGAACUACAAG